AUGUCCUGUGAUAAGACCUUCUCUCUCACAUAUUUGGGUCGCUUUACUGCCCGCAACUUUGGGUACUCCAAUACCGACGCCAUUCAUCACCAACUUGUGGAAUACUACAUCGCCUAUCUUAAACAAGCUCUCGAGAAUAGGAUCCCCUUCAGUAGACUUGAUAUACAAAAUCCCAUUGAAUCGCGUUUAGUCUCUCUCGAGGACGACUGUCUUAGCGUACGCAGUUGGCGUUAUCGUAGCUUCGACACAAAGGGAACUCUGAUCAACGAACGAGAUGUAUAUAAGUUUGAACGCAUUGUCCUCUGUGAUUGUCUCUGCUUUGAAGUGGUGCAGUCAGCCUCUCGAAGGCAGUCAGGCCUGUGUUAUGGUUACCUGCGCAGGGCUUCCGAUGCGCGUUACACCAUUCCCGAGUCGAAUCUCCACGAAUUGGACACUCAGCUGAGCGCCUGGUUAUUAAAGUACCGCCAAUUUCCACGUCCACCACUCGUCGUUAUUGCUAUUCGACGAGGUUUUAAAGAAGAAAAUUCAGUAGACUUACUUGUCUUCUUUGCACCUAAUUUAAAAUUGGGGCUAGACUUUGUUCGAAGUGUCACUGAGAUGACAUGUCGUGCGGGAAAUACGAAAGUGACACCUCGUCGGAGACGUGCUAAAACAGUUGACGCAAGGUAUUUCAGUUCACCGGUCACGUCACCAAGGGGCCGCUCUGGGUGUUCAAGAUCUAAUGAACGAUCUAGAGGGCCAAGAAGGCAUCAAGACAAAAGUGGCAAUCAAGCUAGACCCCUUUCUGUGGAACCACUCUACGAGCCGAUGCAGAAAAUGCGACUGGAUGAGCAUCACAGUAAUGUGAUGGACACAUCUUAUCAUUGUCCCUGCAACUGUUGCCAGUCCAUGGGGCUUUUACCGUCAAUAUUCACAUCCAGUGAACUGGAACGAUUGCAAAAUAGAAUUAUGCAAUACAGACUUGGUCAAGAAGCCUUGCAUCAUGUGUACAAUCGGAGGCAUGUGCUGAAAAACCACAAGAGGCCAAAUAGACAAGCUUCUGGAGGUAUCCAAACCAAAUUCCACUCCCACUCUUGCUCAGGGCUGAAUGACGAUUUAGGCAAACUCUACGAACACAAUGUGUGA